UCAAGUUCUUUCUAUAUCAUCUUUCUUGCUUCAUGUUGGAAUUUGGGUUCGUUUCAGAUUCAAACUCUCGUGCAGAAAUGGAAAGCAGGAAAUAAUUUUAUUGUGAGACCAAAAGAUUCUAGUUAGUUAAGGUCCCUUGCUUGAGGCUCUUUUUGCAUGGGAAAUUUUUCUUCUUUGUAACCGAACCUCUAUUUUUUGAAGGACUAAUUGGAUCAUUUCAAGCUAGAUAAGCUAAGCUAGGCUAGCUUGCUAGAAAUUAACAAUGGCACAUGAAACAGAAAAAACAUGGAACUCAGCAGCAGGUCAUUCUACGAUGGAGAUAGAGGCAAGCAAACCCUCAGGGCAUGGGGUUGUAGCUAGUGGGUUGAGCCCUCUGAGUGAGACUUUGUGGAGGGAGAAGGCCAGUCUUGAAAUUGUAGGGGAUGUUUCUGCCAGGCUCACUUGGAAGGAUCUGACGGUGACGGUGACUCUGAGCAACGGUGAGACACAGAAGGUGUUGGAGGGUCUAACUGGUUAUGCUGAGCCUGGAACCUUCACAGCUCUCAUGGGUCCUUCUGGUUCUGGCAAAUCAACUUUACUUGAUGCUCUCUCUAGUCGCUUGGCGGCCAAUGCUUUCCUCUCUGGCACCAUCCUUCUCAAUGGCCGCAAAAGAAAGCUCUCUUUUGGCACGGCUGCCUAUGUGACCCAAGAUGACAAUUUGAUUGGAACCUUGACGGUACGAGAAACCAUUUCGUAUUCAGCUAGAUUAAGGCUGCCCGAUAAGAUGCCUUGGUCAAAAAAGAGAGCGCUGAUUGAGAGUACAAUCAUAGAGAUGGGUUUGCAGGAUUGCGCAGACACAGUUAUUGGAAAUUGGCAUUUGCGUGGGAUCAGUGGGGGAGAGAAGAGAAGGGUCAGCAUUGCUCUUGAAAUCUUGAUGAGGCCUAGACUGCUCUUCCUUGAUGAGCCAACCAGUGGACUUGAUAGUGCUUCGGCAUUUUUCGUUACUCAGACACUACGUGCCCUAGCACGAGAUGGAAGGACUGUCAUAGCCUCAAUUCACCAGCCAAGUAGUGAAGUCUUUGAACUAUUUGAUCAAUUGUACUUGCUUUCUAGUGGCAAAACUGUUUAUUUUGGUCAGGCGUCGGAUGCAUACGAGUUCUUUGCACAAGCCGGAUUUCCCUGCCCGGCUUUGAGGAACCCUUCUGAUCAUUUUCUUAGAUGCGUAAACUCUGACUUCGAUAAAGUAAAGGCCACAUUGAAAGGGUCCAUGAAACUCAGGUUUGAGGCAAGUGAUGAUCCUCUGGAGAAGAUUACCACCGCUGAAGCUAUAAGAGUUCUUAUAGACUCCUAUCGGACUUCUCAAUACUCUUAUGCAGCUAGAGAAAAAGUUGAGGAGAUAUCCAAAGUUAAAGGAACGGUGCUAGAUUCUGGAGGAAGUCAGGCUAGUUUCUUGAUGCAGUCCUUCACAUUGUCCAAGCGUUCAUUUAUCAACAUGUCAAGGGACUUUGGCUAUUACUGGCUCAGGCUCGUUAUUUACAUUGUUGUCACAAUCUGUAUUGGAACCAUCUAUUUGAAUGUGGGAACGGGUUACAGUUCGAUUCUGGCAAGGGGUUCAUGUGCAUCUUUUGUAUUUGGUUUCGUCACGUUCAUGUCAAUCGGUGGGUUUCCUUCAUUCGUAGAGGAUAUGAAGGUUUUCCAAAGAGAGAGGCUGAAUGGCCACUAUGGUGUUACUGCAUUUGUCAUCAGCAAUACACUCUCUGCAAUGCCAUUCCUGAUACUGAUCACCUUUCUUGCGGGAACAGUUUGUUACUACAUGGUCCGUCUCCACCCAGGCUUCAAGCAUUAUCUAUUCUUUGUGCUGUGCCUUUAUGCAAGUGUCACUGUAGUUGAGAGUUUGAUGAUGGCCAUAGCCAGUAUCGUCCCCAACUUCCUCAUGGGCAUUAUCAUAGGGGCUGGAAUUCAGGGUAUCUUCAUGCUAGUCUCUGGGUACUUCAGGCUCCCGAAUGACAUCCCAAAGCCCGUCUGGCGUUACCCUAUGUCAUACAUCAGCUUCCACUACUGGGCUUUACAGGGGCAAUAUCAGAAUGACCUGAGCGGCUUAGUUUUCGACAACCAGUCACCAGAUCUUCCUAAGAUACCUGGUGAGUACAUUCUGGAAAAUGUGUUCCAGAUUGACACCACCAGAUCAAAAUGGAUAGACCUCAGUGUCAUCUUGAGCAUGACUGUCGUCUACCGGAUCAUCUUCUUUAUCAUGAUCAAGUUCAGUGAGGAUGUGACGCCGUGGAUUAGAGGCUACAUGGCAAGGAGAAGAAUGCAACAGAAGAAUGGAAACCAAAAUACAACAGUUGCUCCAGAUGGUCUCACACAGUCCCCUUCUUUGAGGACCUAUGCAACCGGUGGACGGUAGACUGAGACCUGAAUACAAAAUUCCACAAAACUAAAGCACUUGACGCAGUUUGAAUAGACUAUGCAGCAAAUGCUAUGAGGUAGAAUUAUGCACACAGUUUAACAGUUUUUCUUAUAUCCAGUCAUUUAGUAUCUGUUCCAAAGCUUGAGUUCUAAACAUCAUGGGUUUUCAAUCCGAAGGAAGAGAAGUGUAGUUAUUAUUACGCCGGUGAUAAUUGUAAAAUUGUAAUCAAAGGAAGAAUAUUUGAUUACUUGAUAAUUUUCUCUUUACAUUGUCAAGGGUAUCUAUACCCAGGUUUCCUACAA